AAUUGUUAAAUAAUAAUACGUCAGCCCGAUCAUCAUCAUCCGUAUCAUCAUCAUUAUUGUCUUCGUUAUCAUCGACCAAAUCGUCUAUGUCACCAUCAUUGUGUUCAUUAAGAAAUUUACAUUUAUCAUCCGGUUCAACAUCAUCAUCUUCGUCAUCAUCAUCUUCAUCAUCUUCAAAUUCAUCAAAUUAUAGUCAACAAAAUCAAUUGAUUUCUACAAUACCGACAACAACAACAAAAAUCAUGCAAUCAAGUUUAGCAUCAAAUCAUUUAGGCACAAUGUAUGCCACAAAAAGACGUAGACGUAAUAGUAAAAAUUUACGUUUGAAUAAAGAAAGUCUGGUCAUACCAUUAUCAACAACAACAACAUUACCAUUAUCAACGACAGCUAUUUUAACAGCAACAACAACAUCGUCAACAAUAUCAUUAUUACAACAGCAAUAUAAAUUAACAACAGCAUUAUCAUCAUCAUCAUUAGAAAAUGGAAAUUUAAAUACCGGUUCCGGUCAUCAUUUAAAUAAUCAUCAUCAUCAUCAUCCACAUCACCACCAACAACAGCAACAACAACAUUCUCAUCAUCAUCAUCAUCUUCUUAAUCAUCAACAACAACAAUCGCAUCAAUUAUCAAGUGGUACACAACAAUCAACAACAACAACAGGAUCAUUAAAUACAAAUGGGGUUAAUAUAUGCCAUAAUAUAAGCAAUAAUAAUAAUAAUAAUAUACAACAUCAUAAUAUGAUUGCAUCAUCAACAAUAAAUAUGUUAGCAUCAUUAUUACCAUUUGAACAAAGUGUUCUAUCAAAAUUAGAUAAAUUAUCAAUAUUACGUUUAAGUGUUUCAUAUUUACGAACUAAAAGCUAUUUUCAAUUCAAUCAUCAAGAUGGAAUUAUGUGA